AUGGUUACCAACAAUAUUCAUAUUAAUCCAAGUCCAAGUUCAAGCUCGAGCUUAAGCUCGAGCUCAAAUUCAAAUCCAAAUUCAAACAAUUUGAUUCCUUUCAGUUUAUAUGAAUCAAACAACAAUAAUAACAACAACCAUAACAACAAUAAUAACACUGCAAUUAUAACAGACAUUAAUACUAACUCUACAAAACAAAUCUCUAAACUAUCUCUAUCAAAAAAUAAAAAAAGAAGAAGAGAUUCAACUCUAAGCAUUCUUGAACAAAUCAACAGUACCACCAGCUUUCAAAAUGAUAAAAAGGGUCGUUCCACCUCUUGUCUUUUAUGCCAAAAGAGAAAACAAAAAUGCGAUCACAGACUACCUUCUUGCACAACUUGUAUAAAAGCUGGUGUCAAAUGUAUCCAACCUGCAAAAUACUUGAAAAAGGCCCCAGAAAAGGACCAAUACACUAUAAUGCUAGAAAAAAGAAUCCAGUUUCUAGAAAAGUUCCUUGAAAAGGAAGAUCUAAUAAACAAAAAAUCUGCCCUAGCAAAAUACAAAAAGAUUUCUCCAUUUAUUGAAAACCAUGCUCCUUUAUCUGCUUUGGUCCAACUAGCAAAUUCAAAUCCCAAUCCAACCCAAAAUGAUCAACAUCAAGAUCAAAUCUUGAAAAAUGAAAACUCUCCCAAUUCUAAUCUUCCUCUCCUCAAUAAUUCUUCAUCCCAAACUUCUUCAUCUCUGAACAAUUCUCUCUCUAUUCCCAACAACUCCUCCAAUUCCCUCAAUAAUGCCAUAUCCUCUAUCAACAACCUACUACUUCCCAUGUCCUCAUUCAACAAUUCCCUACGCCAACUACCCAAAAUCCCAAUCGAUCCAUCAAAUCAAAACUCAAUUCAACUCAAUUUGAACAAUUCUUUAGACAAUUUCAACAUCUCAAAUGAUGACCACUUUAAAGAAAAAUACCUUCUAUCUGUCGACUCAAUCGAUCUAAAAAAUUCAAUGUUAGCCAACUACAACCUAAAAUCCUUCCUAAAUUACGACCCUGUCUUUGAUAUAGAUGAAAAAAUAUCAAGAAGCUUUUUAGAUACUCAUUUUACAAGACUCCAAUUCAAAUUUCCUCUCUUGAAUGAAAACGAAAUCUUCAAUUUUCACAACAGCUACAUUAAAAAUGAUUUAACAGGCUACAUGAACAACACUAAUUAUUUCCAUUUCGCUUGCUGUAGAAUGUGGCUAAUCUUUGCCAUAAGUUCUUGCAUUCAUAUGACAACUGGCAAAUAUUCUGGUCCUCCUCCUGCAAGAUACUUUUCAACCUCCUUAAGACACAUGUCGAAAGUAGCUGCCUCAGAAUUAAACGCUUAUGAUAAGAUCGAAAUUUAUGUUCUAACUGUUCUAUACUUGAUUAGAACCGAUAAGGAUUCCCUUGGCUUGUAUGAUAUGAUUUGUGAUACAAUGAAAAUCGUAACUGAUCUAAACUUGCAUAAAUCUGAUUCCUACAUCAAUUGCUCUCCCUACGAUAAAGAUAAAAAAAUGAGAGUCUUUUGGUGCGUUUAUCUCCUAGAAAGAAUGAUUUCGGUUUCUAUAGGAAAACAGUACUCAUUCCCUGAAUCACAAAUAGAUAAAGAUAUUCCUCUUUUUGAAUAUGAACCCUCAAGAGUUCAACAUCCUUCCAAUGGUAUCAAAUUCAUCAACCAAUCCAUAAAACUAAGAAGAAUAGAAUCAAAUUUAGUAGAAAAAUUGAAUAUUUUCUCCAACAACAAUGACUCAAUUCCCAAUAAAGACCAACUACCAACAGUUGAAUAUUAUUUCAAUGAAUUGGGUGUCUGGAGAAACGAAUGUCAAGGUGUUCAACGAGAUGUUGAAAACGAAACUUUGAAACUCUAUUAUUUCAGAUCCGUAAGAUUAUUAAUUCAACCCUAUUUAGAAUUAAUGCAACCUGAAGAUCGAUUGUUCAGAGAAUGUCAAGCUGCUGCUGGUCAGAUUUGCCAAUUGUUCAAGAUUUUCCACCAAAAAACCGCCUAUGGUCAUUCAACCAUGGCAAUCCAUACUGUGUUUGUUGCAGGCGUAACUUUGUUAUAUUGUCUUUGGCUAACAAGAAACAAAGACGAUCUGAGAAGAAAGGCUUUAGGUGAUAAUUCAAGGCACACUAGACCAACUGUCAACAAAGAAUUGUUCUCCGGUCUUGAUGAUUUAAGAGCAUGUUCUGUUUCUUUAUAUAUUAUGGCAGAACGAUCAAAAUUUGCUUUAAGUUUUAGAGAUACUUUUGACCAGCUAAUGGGCGUCACAAUUGGAAAUUUGAUAGAAAGAUGUGGUGCAGAUUCAAGUGAAAUAAUUUAUAAUGGACCUGGUUUGGCACCUGCAAUUGUGAGACGUCCAGUCAGUCAUUAUGAUGUUGUGGCCAAUAGCCAUAGACAACAAAGUGAAGAAGAUAGAUUAGAACAAGUUGAAAGACAAAGGAAACAAGAUAAUCUACAAAGAUCCACUGUUCCAAAGGGUUUGAGCCAUUUAUUAACUAAUUCACCUCCAGCAAGUAUCAAUCAAAUACAAUUUUCACAUAAUAUGACUCAAAAUUCAUUCACGAAUAAUAUUAAUAACAAUAAUAAUAAUAAUCAUAACAAUAAUAAUAAUAACCAUAACAAUAAUAAUAAUCAUAAUAAUCAUAAUAAUCAUAAUAAUCAUAAUAAUAUUAUUAUUAACGGUAACAACAACAAUAAUAAUAAUAGCAAUAUGAACAACAUGAACAGCAUAAACAAUAACAACAACAACAAUAAUAAUAAUAAUAAUAAUAAUAAUAAUAAUAAUAAUAAUAAUAAUAAUAAUAAUAAUAAUAAUAAUAAUAAUAAUAAUAAUAAUAAUGCUAGUAAAGGCAAUGCAAUUAAUAAUAACUCUCUUAUUAGAAAUGGUUUUGAAAAUAAUAAUUCAAUAAAUAAUGCUAAAAAUGAUUCAGCCAUAAAUAAUAACAGUUUAAACAAUGCAAUCAACAACAUUUUACCUAAGAAAUCAUCAUUUAUGAAUUCUGCACUAAAUUGGCAAAACCAGUUAACCCCAUUUAUCGGAAGAACAAAUGCCAUGAUUAACAAUAUAUCAACUUGGAAUGAAGAAAGUGGCCCAGUGACUAAUACAUAUGCUGCCACAAAUUAUUUACCCAAUGGUCUAUUUGAUCAAAAUGGAAACUUUAUUGAUCCUUCUCAACAAGAAAAUCAACAGGUGAACGCACGACAAACAAAAAACAACAAUAAUUAUAUGAAUAUUAAUAUACCGAAUGGUGCUUCAUCAAACCCAGUCAAGUCAAUAUUGGAUAGUACUUUCGGUAAUUGGGGAGCUCCAGAUGAAGACUUCUGGACAGUAAAUACUGACUAUGGGUUUUUAGCAUAA